GGGAGAAAUAGGGCAUUUCUGAUGUCGUCGACGGCUUCGGCGGCGGCGAUGCAUACAUUGACGACAGGGGACUUAUUCAAUCAGAAACUAAACAUGAUCGGGAAGAAGCGCGAUCGAGCUUCAGUUUCUUGCACUCGCAGCGACGCUCCGAAAAGGAAGCUACCGGUUCUCCUCUUCGACGUGAUGGACACGAUCGUCCGUGACCCAUUCUACCAAGACAUUCCAGCCUUCUUCGGAAUGCCGAUGAAGGAGCUGCUAGAGUGCAAGCAUCCAACAGCCUGGAUCGAAUUCGAAAAGGGAUUGAUUGAUGAGGAGGAGCUAACAAGAAAGUUCUUCAUUGAUGGGAGGGACUUUGAUUUGGAAGGGUUAAAGGAUUGCAUUAGAUCAGGAUACUCUUAUUUAGAUGGCAUGCAAGAGCUUCUUCAAACUUUGGCAGCUGACAACUUUGAGAUUCAUGCUUUCACCAACUAUCCCAUCUGGUAUAAACUGAUCGAAGAGAAGUUGAAGCUUUCAGCCUACUUGUCAUGGACUUUUUGUUCUUGUAAUAUAGGCAAAAGAAAGCCUGAUCCAGAGUUCUAUCUCGAGGUUGUGGAACAACUUGGAGUUGAACCUUGCGACUGUUUAUUCAUUGAUGACAGGCCAAGCAACGUCAAGUGUGCAGUAGAGAUUGGGAUGCGUGGGUUAUGUUUUGAGAAUGUAGAUUCUCUCCUCAAGGAUCUCUCACAUCUAGGGAUCAACGUCUCUUUACCCAAAAUUUAAUUUGUUGUAAAAUACACUUGAAAAGAACAAUACAUUUGUUUCGGGGAAUGCAAGUGAUCAUAAUAAUAAUUAGAGUCUUGUCUUAGAUUAUAUAAAGUAAAGCAAACAAGAAGAGAGAAUCCCAUGAGACUAGAGAGUGGAGAGCACAAGGACAUUAAAGAGAGAAGAGGAGGCGAGAAAGACGAAGGAGAGCAAGACUAGGAGGAGGGAGAGGGCGACAUGAUUGCAGAAAUAAGAAAGGGUGUUGCAGAAGUCAGGGAGAGGAGUGUGUUUGAUGCCUGUUUUGUUGAGGUUUGUAACUCCAAUACCGGCUGAUCCAGCGCUUAUUAUCAAAUAGCUGAAGAGCUGCACACACACCACUACAAAGUUAUAUGUAUUGAUUAAAAAAUCCAUACGACUAGUGAAUGGAGAAUGGGGGAGAUGAGGAAACCUGAUCGAAGAUGAAGCAAAGCCAAGCUUGGGAACGGGAGGGUGUGAUUGGUGUUCCAGUGAUGAGCCUGUAGAUUCCUAGAAAGAGGUGGAACAGGGAGUAGAGGAUGGUCACCAUGCAUGUCCCCACCACAUACCUUCACACCAAAAUCACCUCUGUAUUAUAUUCAAAAAGGCUAGCACAAUAUUUUCAUGUUGUUGUUAGUUUCAUGGUUAUUUUUUCUGUCACCGGAAUUUCUAAACACAUUUUAAUUUUUUUUUUCCUUUGAAUAACUCGAUGUAUUUUGGUCUCAACCUCGGUAAGCUGGCUUACGUUAUCGGCCGGAUUAUACCUUGGUCAGCCUACAUUUUCAUUUUUUU